GCCAGGUCGUUUACGGUAACGACAGUCGCAGGUGCUCGGUGACGGCCUGACAGCAUCACCUACCAACAGUCUGUAGCCAGCGCAGACAGCGACACUUCGCCUCAGCGACACCACCAUUCUUGACUGACAAGCCACGGCCAUUUUGAAGCACAUCCUUCGUGGAAAUUGGUUCAGCUGUAGAUGUGACAAUAGUUGACGGAGGUUAAAUGGGGGCCCAUGGAUUUCGGGGAGAGUGAUAUCAGCCGCCCGUCAGGUAAGGAAAAUGACGGCGACAGUGACCUUCCCCUUGUCCACCAGGCGGCAGCACAGGGUGACAUUGACCUUCUCGUCGAGGUGGUGCAGCAGGACCCCAGUAUGCUGGAGCUCCAGGAUGCAGAAGGCUUCACGCCCCUCACACACGCAGUACAGAGCAAACAACUUCGAGGGGUCAAGCGGCUCAUUAAGAUGGGAGCCAACAUCAACGCACAGGACAACCUUGGACGGACAUGUCUGUCCAUAGCUGCGUAUCAGGGCUGGCACGAGGGUGUUGUGUGUUUACUGAGGAAUGGCGCCAAGAAGACGAGUUGUGACAAAUUUGGACGUACCCCUCUUCACGCAGCAACAUACGACACAGAUAGAAGAAGUAGGAAGACAUGCCUACUGCAAGAAUCAAUAGUCCAUGUCUACUAUUUCUACCUGCAGCAAAUGACAGCACUUCACUGGGCAGCUUUUCACGGCCGCCCAACCCACCUCGAAGACCUGAUUGCCAGACAAGCGGACAUAUUUGCCCAAGAUAUAGACGGGAAGACUUCCAUGCACUGGGCUGCACAGAACGGCAGUAAGAAAUGCUGUGACAUUCUUGCGACCAGCACAGACGGAUUUGAACUAAUUAACUUGGCAGACCAUUCAGGAAAGACAGCUGUACACUUUUCAGCUGCAGCUGGCCACGCAGAAAUCGUGCAGCUGUUGUCGGGUUUCCCCGGAUGUGACCUUGAGGCUCUUGAUCCAGACGACAGGACCCCUUUACACUGGGCAGCAGCCACUGGACAGACCGACUGUGUUAAGACACUUCUGUCACUGAAUGUGUCCCCCAACCCAGUAGACGCCGAGGGAGGGACUCCCCUAGAGUACGCCAGGCAGUCAAGUCACACAGAGUGUGAGAACCUACUAGUCAAGAAGCUCGGACGGAGGUUCAGCAGAAAUAAUUCCAAAGAAAACCAAACUUCAGGAGUCAAGGGAGGAGGAGGAAGGUUCGGUUUCAUCAAGAACCUCUUCGGGAAGAAAAACACCAACAGUUCCAAUGUGACGUCAAACAAAGGGGGCAGUCAGAAUAAUACCUCCCCUGGUGAAGCGAAUGGCACUACUACAGUAAACAACCCUACAGUGCCUUCCGAACAACCCAACCAUUCUGUUGAUACUGCUCCUGUUGCUGUGCCUACAAUCUGUGUGCAUGAACCUACUGACAAUAAGCCUAAGCGAGGCAAGAAGCGAAAUUCAAAGAAGUCGAAGCGCAAUUUGAUGUCGGAGUCUGCUGAUCACAACCUGUCGUCAGAGAAUAUUGCUGACACACCUACGCCCUCGGGCGGCAAGGGAGGUAACUCAGAAUAUCGUGACGAGACGAGGAGGCGAUCAGUAUCACCACGACCUCUUUCUCCUUUGAAUGGAGUGAGCAUGUCACUACCUUCAGACUCAGAGCUCGACCACUCAGUACCGCCUCCCCGCGUCCCCCGUCGGUCUCACAGCUUGCAGCCCCUACCAGACAGGCCCACCCUCAAGCUCCCUGAGGGACCUUCCCCAUCCACCUCGCCUUCCGUCUCACCAAGGCUCCUUGGGUCUUUGGAGAACAUGGAAUCUCCUGUAUCUCCCCGGGGCGGAAGUCUUGGACCCCUAAGGGGACACAAACCCAGGCCAGACAUUCUCGUUAACUCUCGUGUGGCGUCUCUCCAGAAAGAGAGAACAGGGGCGAAUAGGACACCCACACCGCCACCAUCCGAUGUAGAUUCAAAAAUACUGAACAUAAACCCAAGCAUGAGCCCACGGAUGCCAGACCAAGCAAUCCUCACGCCCGGGCGUCACCGGAAACCGAAAAGAAGGAGCAGCUUGGCAGCACCGGAAACGGAAUUUGAACUUAACUGUUUCCCCACCGGACGUAUGCUGGACAGUCAAGAUACAAGGUUGGAAAAGCGAGGCUCAGUAUCACCAUUGGCAACAAGGGAGACAACUUCUGCUCGCAGACGGCCUUCAGAAGGGUCCUUGUACAGUUGAAACAAAGAGAAGAAGGCCCCAGGAAGGGCCGGAUGUUCACGUAUGCAGGACGAUACCACGUAUAACUGGUGUUGUAUGAGACAUUCAUGUAUACGUUCAAGUGCAGGUGACAAAUGUGUAAGCCUGCCUCAAUUUCUCGAGGCUCGAAUCUGAACAAUAGUAUGCUUGUUUCACCAGGUAAGCUUACGAAUUGUGACCAACAUGUGUUGGAUAUACUCAUGGUUCGACUACAUGGCCCUUGUUCUUUCAGUAGUGGGUAUAUAGGAGAUUGUUAUCGACUUAUAUUUUGAUCAGCAAAUUAUGGAAAUUACACAAGCAAAAGUAUUUAAAAAUUAACUGCUGUUUUUCAUCAAAUUAAAAAAAAGAUGUAAUUAAAUUAUAAUUUUUGUACCUGGUGCGGUGAAUAAUAUUGGAUGUAUUUGGGUAUGAGAAGACAUUAUUUGAUUAAAAAACAUAUACCAAUAGUAAUGUACUUUCUGCUUUUGGUAAGGGCCGAUUAUAAUGGGGAUUGUUGGUUUUUAUUGAAAUGGGGUCACGAUCUGCAGAAUGUGUGUCAUCGUUCCAGAUCAUUCAGAUCGUUGCUCUUGUUUAGCUACUGGUUGCCUGAUCCAGACCUGAUUAUUGUCAGUAAUAACGACUGUGGGGCUUUAGAUCAUUCAAUUGAAAUAUUAUUGCUUCGUAUUCCUGCUCCUGUGAGACGUUAUUUAUUCGCAUGUGAAUGUUCUGAUGGGAUACAUAAAGAAACAAAUCACACAAAGAUAUUUUUACUUGGUUCAUUAAAAAUGUCAUCAAAACAUCAUGUUGACAUCCUAAAGGAUGCGGUGUGUCGUCAGGAAAGAGGAAAGGGGAUGUAUGGAUGGAGAAAGUAAUGGUCCUAUACUAGUGCUUCAAGUGAUAUUGUUUCAGUAUUACUAAACGGUGGCGUAUUAUCAUACUCACUCACCCACUCCCUCGUAUCAUUUUAAAGAUGUGUUUUCUUCAUACCUGUCCCAGUUUGGUUUCAAUUUGAUAUAUGUGUUUGGUAUAUUUGCUUAAACCUGUUUAUAUCUCUGGAUCUGACCAUUCAGGUGAUCACAGGCGUACACCGUGUCAUAGACCAAUGUACUGUUGAAAUACAAACUCUUGAUAGCUGCUUGAAGUGUUAAUAUUGCCAUCAUCUCCUAAUGUUACUCAAUUGCCGUCAAGGGUGUCACAUUGUCUUUAUUGCAUAUUGAGACGGCAUAAAGGUCACAAAUAUGUAUUUUUUAAUUCAAAUGAUUUGCUCACAUUUGAUCAAUUGGUUUUGUGAUCAUGAAUGUUUGUGAUGCAAGGUGGAUAAAGGGGAAUAUAGUAUUUAUGUGUUGUUACCUAGUCACCGUUAUAUCUUAAUGCUUUUGUACAGUUUGAGUUGUGACGAGUCAUAGAUGCCGAUUAUACACAUGACACUGCCAAUUAUAUAUUCAUAAUCAAAGAAGCCUGUAACUAGCCUGAUUUGAAAUGGAUUUUCUGAAAUUGGCUACUGGCAAAAUAGAACAAAGAUGCUUGUCCGAUCCAUGAUCCAUGAACUCGGGACGUAUUCAAGGCAUACCAGAAGACGUCUUGUUCAAGAUCAGAAUACAAUGUAAUGAAGACGUCAUGUCUCUUUCUCUACACUACAGUUUUCCAUCUGAAGAUCUCCCCAACACACCGCAUGUGAUCGCUGCACGUCCUUAUUGUGAUUCACAUGGGGAAUUUGGGGGGAGUGUUCUUGAAGACACUGGUGUGUUGAUAUCAUGGGAGAUUUCACUGGUUUUUGGCUUAACAUGGCGAUGAAAUGUUUAAUGUAAGUCACCUCAGAACAGACUAACUGCAACUUUGUUUGCAUCAAAUUACAAGCAUACAAUCAGAAAAGUUUAGUUUCAGAUCUGGAAAUAGACUAUCAUCUGUGUAUAUGUUUUGUCCCAUAAUAGACUAAGGAUUUAUCGAUCCAUCUUCAUCUAACAUGUGCUAUACAAAGUAUUACAGGGUUUUAUGGCAGAAACGUGACGUGUGUUAUAAUAUGUUAUUUGCUUUUCCUUAAAUAACCAUAUGACCACAUUCCUGUUUGAACAUAUCAGUAUUGCACCAGGCACAAGAUUCUGUAACGUAUUUGAAAGGUGGUAUUUGGACUAUUAUGUACUAAACUUUUAUCGUGGGGGCAUGAACCUUUAUCGUGGGGGGCAUGACUAUUUUGGGGACUGUUUUACUGAAAUUCCUGCUUUGUCUUCACUACAACAAAAAAUACCCCAUAUAAAUAAGGUUCGUAACUGUGUUCGCAAAGUACAAAUCAAGAACAUGAAAUAUAAUUAACAUAAGAUUACAUGUAAAUUUGAGAAAUUUCUUUGUUUAAUUAUUGUUGAGAUAUUUCAGAUUCGAAUUUCAAUUUUGACUCUUCCAGUACUCACAGUUUAAAGAUACCUAUUGUUCUUCAGACAAUUUUGCCUACAUAAUAGUCUGGAUAUGGUUUUGCCAAUGACCAGAGAGUCAAUGUUUGUGAGUAGUAAUGCAUCGACACGAUUAUUUGUGUUAUUCAUACGUGAUCUUGCGUCAGCCUGAUGGCCACUUAGAUUGCAGGCACACACCUGAACUAUGACAGACCUUUCUUUGGGUUGAUAUUUUAGACUAAGCAUACCUGUUACUGCUGGACUGCUUUCUGUUACAGGAAAUAGAAAUGUCCACCUUCUUACCAAUGACAAUAUUCUUGAUAAAUAAAACAUUUAUUC